CCACCGACAGGCAGGGGGAGCGCGCGCCAGGCGAAGGGGCUACACUUUCAUGGAGGGGGCGGAGGCGGAGGAGCGGGAGUGGGCCGCGGUGGCCCGGGACCUGCUGGCGCUGGGGUAUGAGGGUUUUCCGGGGGCGGCGUCGCUGGGCAACUCGUGCCCAGACUUCAGGGCUCUGUGCGCGCGGCUGGCGGCGGAGCUGGCGACUCUGGGUGCCCUGGAGCGGCAGCGAGAGGAGGGCACGGAGGCGCUGAGCGCCGGCGACGGUCCUGUUCCCGAGGAGGAAUUCCUGCGACAGUUGGCCGGCCUGUUGCGGGAGUUGCACUGCCCUGACCGCGAGCUCUGCGGCGGGGACUGCGCGGCCUCGCUGCGGGAGUCCGGCGCGCGCCUGCGCCUGCUGCGCUUUCUCUGCUCAGAGGUCCAGGCUGCUCGCCUCCUCCGCCUGCAGUCCCGUCUGGAUCCCAGCCCUGAGCAGUCCGGUGUGGAGGGGGCAGAGGAGGGAUCUGGCCUGGUCCAGGAAAUGGUCCUUACUCUCCAAGCUCUGGGGCUGCCUAGACCCAUGCCGGGGACCCCAGCCAGCCAGCUGCUUCGAGACUUGCAUGCCAAGAUCGCGGAGCUGCUGCCUUCCCUGCCCGCAGGGUCCCUGCAGCCCCUCCUCAGCUACCCGCUGGAUGCACCCAGAUGGGAAGCAUUGGAGUCUCUGUCCCAAAGCCUGCGAGAUCAGUACUGCUGCCGCCGCUGCCUCCUCCUCAAGCGCCUGGACCUCACAACAUCUGCUUUCCACUGGAGUGAUCGGGCAGAGGCCCAAGGAGAGGCCAUGAAGGCAGUGCUGAUCCCAAUUCGAGAGUCUCUGACCCCAGAAUCGGAUGUCUCCAUUGCACACGUCCUGGCUGCUCGAGCUGACCUGUCACGGCUUGUCCCAGCCACCAGCAAGACUGCCCGCCGAGGGACCUGCUGUGCUAUCCACAAGGUGCUUAUGGGCAGCGUUCCAGACCGGGGGGGCCGCCCAAAUGAGCUGGAGGCUCCCAUGCCCAGCUGGCAGAGCAGAAGAGAGGACAGAGGCGGGCAGAAGGCAGGCCGCCAGUGCUGGGGCCGCAAGAAGAAGAAGUAAAGGGGGACUGGUGGUUGGGGGAGGGGUCCUUCAUGAGAUGCUGACAUUGAUAAUCUCUGAGGAGUCACUGUGAGGGUUUCUCUUGGCACUGGCACCCCAGCCCCAUAUCCCCUGUUCCUGAGGUCCCAAAUGUCCUCCCCCCCAUCUACCAUUAAACACCAAGGACCAUGUUCUCUGGAAAAUAAAUUUAAUUAAUUUA